CUUGCCUCUGCAUGAUGGUUAGAGGCCAGAAGGGGACUGUUUGGAUGUUUUCUGUUGCUUUUCACUUUGUUUUAUAAAUCAGAGUCUUUCCCUCACCUGUCAUUCCCUAGGCUGGCCAGCGCUGGUCUCUGCUCAUCUCUGUCCUGCAGUCCAGCACUGCAGCUUCAUUCCUGUGGCCGAUGCCUGGUUUCUGUGUAAGUGCCAAGGGUCUGAACUCAGGUCCUGUGCUCGCUUAGCAGCACGUUCCCACUGAGCAAUCUUCACAGCUCCCCAAUGUGAGCUUCUUGCUACUCCUUUUUUAUUUUUUUAAAUUUAUUUUAAAUUAUGUGCCAUUACCCCAUCCCCCAAUGUGAGAUUCUUAUCAGUGUGAAGAAGUAGGAUUAAGAGAUGGUGUGAUUUGCUUACAGACACCACAGUGUUUCUGUUGAGAACAGUCGCCAGAGCAAUAGACCUGGGAGGAAAUGUGGAUAUCUGCGUGGAAAUGCCUCUCCUCAGAGACGUAUUCACAGUUGGGUAGUUGUCUCCCUGCCCCUCCUUCCUUCUCCAUCAUCUCCCUCAUUGUUUCCAUCUUUCUUCUCCCCCCCCCCCCCAGUCCUUUUUCCUCAUUUUCUUUCUACAUCCGUGUCCCUUCCCACCGUGUUAACAUUGAGGAAAAACGUGGCUGGUGAAGAGCCGUAUCCAGAGCUUUAUGGUACCCAGAAUAGACUUUAGUUUGGCCACCUAAAGUCUUCCUGAGUGGCCAAACUAUAGUCUAUUCUGGCUCUGGCUCUUAUCUUCCUUGUGCAUAAAUAAAUUUGGGGCUCUGCCUUUGAGACUAAGGCACUCUCCAUCUUUCUUAUUUGGUGGAUUCUACCUUUGCCAGCUUGGUCCCUGACAGACCUGAGGUGCAGCUGGUCACUUGGAUAAUUCCCAAAUCGCAUAGAUGCCUUCGUGACACCGUUGUAACCACAGAGCAGCCCAGCCACUCCAAUAGACACUGGUGCUGGCUGCUUCCCGAGGGGCCGCCAGCCAACCCACAGCAGAAGCUGGCUGGAGAAGCAGAUGGAUGUGUUGGAAAGGCUAGCAUGGACUCUAAACACAGCAUGUGGGAAAUGCCCACGUCCCCGGGAAAUACCCAUGUCCUGGGGAAGAGGUCACUUAGCAGUGCAGUUUAAAAUGUACUUAAGGCAGGUUUCAUUGCAGGGCCUCUUGUUCUCAAUCCACAACUGUAGUAAGGGCAAGGUUCUCCAGGCCCACCAGAACCACAGGUCUUUGCAAAUCUUAGCAAAUGAUAGAAGCAGUAGGGCUCUCUCAGGGGAUUGAGCCUCCUUGUAUCUCCCCAUGGCUGGGAAGUCCUGGCUCUAGGCCAAAGUUCCAGCCAUGCUGAGCAGCUCGGUUCUGAGAUGCGCUGAUUGGGGUGUGAUUAAAUUUCUGAUGGAGGAGAUUCAGCAUUGUGGCCAAAACAGGGGGAUGGCAGUGUUUAGCACAAGCUGCUUGGAGCCAACCUGCCCCUUUUCAAGAUCCCCUACUCUUUCCUCCGACUCUUCUCUUUUGGAUCUCUUCCAGAAGAAGGAAACAAAGCAGUAUGUCCCAAGUCAGAGAUAAGAAGUCAGGAAGCAGGAAGGGCCUGGUUGCUUCUCAGAGCAUGCUCUGAAGGUGGUCUGUCCACUCAGGGUGGCUGUAGCCUCAUCCUGGAGGCCGGAGUCCCGCUCACUCAGACGGAUCUGUUUUCUUGGCAAAGCUGGACUCGCGGCUUGGGCCUGUUUCUUUCCUCAUCCUUUAUUCAGACAGCUUACAAGUGCUCUGCUGGGAAGGGCGAUUAAGUAGCACUAAGUGUAUUUUUCCAGUGUCCACCUGAUAAAAAGAAAAUAAAACAAAAUCAACGAUUGAACUGUCAUUUUUUUUCUCCCUCACUCCCCUCAAGGGGAUAGGGGAGUCACAUGACUACGAGUAACUGAUUUAGCCAAGUGGCUGCAACUCAGUUUGCUGCAGAGCCGCCCCCUCCCGGCGGGAGCGCUGACGUCACGGAAAAGCCCCGUCGCGGGGCUGCCGGGCGCGCUAUAAACGGCGGCGGGCAGCGGAGGCUUCAGGAGGCGGCACUGCCAGCGGACAUCACACAGCCUCGGACUGCGGAGCCCGCAUCGCAGACGUCAGGCGUUGCAGCAGGCGGAUCGACGGCAGACGCCCACCCAGCGCCCAGUGCAGCCAAGAUCCCGCAAUGACUCUGAAUAAUGUCACCAUGCGCCAAGGCACUGUGGGCAUGCAGCCACAGCAGCGCUGGAGUAUCCCUGCUGAUGCCAGGCAUCUGAUGGUCCAGAAGGAUCCCCACCCCUGCAACCUCCGAAACCGCCACUCUACUGCUCCGGAAGAGCACUGCCGGCGGAGCUGGUCGUCCGACUCCACAGACUCGGUCAUCUCUUCUGAGUCUGGAAACACCUACUACCGAGUAGUGCUUAUAGGGGAGCAAGGAGUGGGCAAGUCCACCCUGGCCAACAUCUUUGCAGAAGAUACAUAUGAGCGUACCCUGGUCGUUGACGGAGAGAGUGCAACCAUUAUCCUCCUGGACAUGUGGGAAAAUAAGGGGGAGAACGAAUGGCUCCAUGACCACUGCAUGCAGGUCGGGGAUGCCUAUCUGAUCGUCUACUCUAUCACAGACCGUGCAAGCUUCGAGAAGGCAUCUGAGCUGAGGAUUCAGCUCCGCAGGGCCCGGCAGACAGAAGACAUUCCUAUAAUUUUGGUUGGCAACAAAAGCGACUUAGUGCGGUGUCGAGAAGUGUCUGUGUCAGAAGGGAGAGCUUGUGCUGUGGUGUUCGACUGCAAAUUCAUCGAGACCUCUGCGGCUGUGCAGCACAACGUGAAGGAACUGUUUGAGGGCAUUGUGCGACAGGUGCGCCUGCGCAGGGACAGCAAGGAGAAGAAUGAGAGGAGGCUGGCCUACCAGAAGAGGCGGGAGAGCAUUCCCAGGAAAGCCAGGCGCUUCUGGGGCAAAAUUGUGGCCAAAAACAACAAGAACAUGGCUUUCAAGCUCAAGUCAAAAUCCUGCCAUGACCUGUCUGUGCUCUAGGCACCCAGUGUCACCCAGAUGUCCCCUUGGUGGACAUCGUUGAAGGCUAUUGGGACCAGUGAUCUAUAUUAGAUUGGAUACAUAAGCAUUGUUAGACGCAACUUCCCCUAUGGCAGAUGGAAACCAACAGGUUAGCCUUGUGGGCAACCAAGUGCACGGGCAAUGAAUGAGCUCUGUCAAGAGUCAGUAUUUAUUCAUAGGAAAAGCUUGACCUGCUACGUGGAUGUCUCAGACUCAUUUAAGACACGCUUCGGGUUCACAUGAGUUUCUCUCUCCUUUGGACAGCAGAAUAUUUUUUUCCUCAGUGUUGUUCCAUGUGAUUUCGAGGUCCUUGGGUCAUAUAGAAAUGUAGGGAAAUGGUGGUAGUUUAUUGGAAGGAGAAGGGCUCACUGCAUACUUAUAUCCCUGAAACGACAUCUUUAGAGCUGGCCUCAUCACAGUUGUGACUAUUUCUGCUCCAGUGAAGAGAAUUGUUAGAAUUUGCUGGAAACUGAGGCUUACUAACAGUUUUUGUUUAAAGACCACAGAGAUUUGUAGACUUAGGAGCUGAUAUGUGUACUACUUAUAGGUUCAAAAAAUUGUUUACUUAUGUGUCGUAGAAGUGUUUAUUUUGAGGAAACUAUUUUUUUUUUUGCCAAAUUCUACUUAGUCAAAUCAUCUUCUAUGUCUUGCUGUUUUUUAAAUCAUUAAGCUAUCAUAAAAUAUUUUUUAAAAAAAUCUCAACUAUAUUGAUAACCUGCAGUGCAAAAUUUUAAAUAUAGUCCUGUUUUUCCCCCAAAACAUAAACAUGCCCCAUCCUUUGGGUUGCUUCUUGUAUGCCACAGCUGAAUUAUAUUUAUUAUUUUGCAAAUAACCAUUUUAAUAUUUGAUAAAGCAUAUUUAUGAGCAUAUUUCUUACUGAGAAAAUGUCUGUUUUAUUACCUUUUUAUAUUUUUCAAAGUAUUCAAGUUUUUACCUAUAUGUCUUAUAAUAAAAUAAAUAAAAUCUUUGAAAAGGAAAGCAUUCUGCUAUCCUCCAUGCA